CCAGGCUCUGAUUUCAGAUGAAGCUUUGGGUGCGUCACUGCUCUCUGCACCCUCCUCCACCAGCUCUUUGCCCGAGGCCGGGUCUGGGGGCACAGACCUGGGCAGGAGCCGUGGCAGCCACAGGGAUGUGUGGCAAGAUGCGGGAUGCGCAGCAGGAUGAGGGAUGCGCGGCAGGAUGCGGGAGCGAGCGCGGGGGGCGCGCUGCCUCCCUCCCGUCGCCAGGGCAACCGGCCUCCAUCGCCUCCCACCCGUGGGGGACCCCCACAGCCCCCGCUCGGUGCAGGGGGCACGAGGCCCUCCCUGCCGCGGUGCUGGACUGCAGCAUCCCCGCCUCCGCAGCGGGCUGGGGACGGCGGCGGGCGGGAGCGCACUUCCCUCGGCCACGGCCGGAGCAAGAGGAACGCCGCGAACCUGAAAGAGAAAGGAGAAGGGUUCGGAUCCUGCCGGUCAUCUGAUCCAGGUCAAGCAGGACUUUACCUCGCCAGCAGCCCCUGGAGCUCCUCACCAGUGCGGCUUGCAGCACCCGCCGCUGCCCCUCAGCAGCGGGCUGGGGGGGUCUUUCAAUCCCUGGAGGAUUGAGAGGUAAAAUAUCUCCAGAUUGCUUUCACAUUCUGCUUGCUUCCCCCGGCGGGGUUUAAUGAAACCAUUAUGAUCUGUACAGGUUCCUUAAGGUGGAGGGUGGCCCAGGGUACAACAAUGCUGCCCUGAGGAGCACGCAGGGAGGGGACAGACAGGCUGGGGGGGCACGGGGGCCCUCGGCCACGAUCUGAGGGGUUGGCAGGGGAGUGAGCUCCACGUCCACCGCACGCCGCAGCUCCCAUCUCCUUCUCUCUGCCCUGCACCCUGCCUGCAGGCUGGCACCCGUCCCGCUGGUGUCCCACCCCCAUGGGCCACCCCCUGGAAUGAGUGUCGACGCUGAGCAGCUGCCCCUCUGGGCCGCCUCCGAGGUGCCCCCCAACACCAGCGCAGCCUCGGCAGAGGCUGGCCGGCUGCAGGGGCUGUCGGCGUGGGGCAGCAGGGCGGGCGAGAUCGCCGGCAUGGUGGUGAUCCAGUGCAUCUACGCCCUGGUGUGCCUGCUGGGGCUGCUGGGCAACUCGCUGGUGAUCUUCGUCAUCCUGCGUUACGCCAAGAUGAAGACAGCCACCAACAUCUACCUGCUCAACCUGGCCAUUGCUGAUGAGCUCUUCAUGCUCAGCAUCCCCUUCGUGGCCACCUCGGCCGCCCUGCACCAUUGGCCCUUUGGCCGGGCGCUGUGCCGCACCGUGCUGGGUGUGGACGGGCUCAACAUGUUCACCAGCGUCUUCUGCCUGACAGUGCUCAGCCUGGACCGCUACAUCGCCGUGGUGCACCCGUUGCGGGCGGCCACCUACCGCCGCCCACGGGUGGCCAAGAUGGUCAAUGGGGGCGUGUGGCUCCUCUCCUUGCUGGUGGCCUCGCCCAUCCCCAUCUUCGCAGGCACAGCGACCACCCGCGACGGCCAGGCGGUGGCCUGCAACCUCCUGUGGCCAAGCCCAGCCUGGUCAGCUGCUUUCGUGGUCUACACCACCCUGCUGGGCUUCCUGCUGCCGGUGCUGGCCAUGGGGCUGUGCUACCUGCUGAUCGUGGGCAAGAUGCGGGCGGUAGCACAGCGGGUGGGCUGGCAGCAGCGGCGGCGCUCCGAGGGCAAGCUGACACGCCUGGUGCUGAUGGUGGUGGCCAUGUUUGUGGUCUGCUGGAUGCCUUUCUAUGUGGUGCAGCUGGUGAACCUGCUGCUGCCUGGCCGCCUGGAUGCCACGGUCAACAACGCCUCCCUCAUCCUCAGCUACUCCAACAGCUGUGCCAACCCCAUCCUCUACGGCUUCCUCUCAGAAAACUUCCGGCACUCCUUCCAUGGCGUGCUGCGCCGCUGCCUCGACGCCAGCCUCUGCUGCUGCCACACCAAGGCGGGGGUCGCCGAGGAGGAGGAGGAGGAGGAGGAAGAGCCCCUCGACUACUGCGCCGUGCCCCGGGGUAACGACAAGGGCAAGGGCUGCAUGUGCCCACCGCUGCCCUGCCAGCAGGAGCCCGCACACCCUGAGCCCUGCUGCAAGCCUGGCACCCUCCUGGCCAAGACCACCACCUUCUAGGGUGCCUUGCACCCAGCCUCCAUCACCCUGGCAAAGGGGAUCCCGGACGGAGAGGGGGCAAACCCCUGCAGCACUGCCCCCAUGGCUGCGUACCUGGGCGGGAGGACGCCGGAGGGCAGCUGGUGCUUGGCUUUGCUGCGCAGGGUUUGUGCCGGCAGUGGCACCGGUUCUGCAGCCCGGAUGCCAGCACCUCCCCUGGGACACGCGUGGCCUCUCCAUCCCUGCUGCGCUGUAGCUCCCUGCCCCUGUGGGGAUGUGGUGAGCAGGGGCCACUGGAAACACUGCAUCCGAACUCUGCGAUGGGGGACAACGCUUUGAGUUCUCCCACUGGUCUGGGGAGAAGACGUGGCCCUCUGUGAAACACAGAGGAGAGACCCUGAGCUCUUCCCAUCCCCUCGCAGGCAGUGGGGACAGCCACGGGGCGAGGAUGUGCACAGCCAGGCCGCCUCCCCCUGGGGAAAAGCGGGGGCUGCUCUGCAGAACGACUUUGCUGAUGACUUUGCUCCCACCCCUGCUUUUCGAGGCGCUGGGCUGGGGCGUCCCCCCAGUUCUCUGCGCUCUCCAGUAGUGCUGUGCAGCCCAAUGAAAUAAAAAGCCAUAACGUUGGCCCGUCAUACAGCUAACAGCCUCGGCUGAGUCAUCAUUGCCAUCGCCCUCGCCACCGAGGAGCCUCCGCUGUGGCCCCUUGACACCAGGCGAGUAAUUGAGCUAAUUGCCAGGUCCUGCCUUGGGGGGGCUGCGGGAGGGCAAAGUUAGGCAUGAGCCCCAUGCCCAGGCUGCGGGGACACUUGCUGCCCAUGGGGGACACAAGGCUGCUGUCGAGGCAAGGAUGCACCCCGUCCCACAUGCCUGGGCCCACCAUUGCCACAUGGGACCAAGCUGGCAAGCUGCUGCAGGGCUGCUAUUCCUCACGGGGCAGAAAGUGGGCUCAAGGAGCGGAGGUCAUGGCAAAAAAAGGCACCUGCCAAAUUUAACAGCAGCUUCAGCAGAAGCUUUAGCAGUUGCCAAGGAGCCCUGAGCUUACCUUCAUCUAUAAGGAUAAACUUCAGGUCCCAUAAACAGAAAAUCCUGCCCCCUUAAAAAUUCCGCAGGAAAAGGACUUUGGUAAAGCAGGACCCAAAUGGCACUUUCCACAAGAAAGCCUGAGAGACCGGAGCCCUGCUUGCUCCAUUUGCUGCAGACAAGCAUCGCCCUCAAGGGCAUCUUGAGCACAUAGCCAUAGGAACUGAAGACCGGUGCUGGAGCUGCACCGACCGGGCUGCACCGAGGUAGCAUUAAAUUAGCCAUUUCCAGCUUGUUUGGUUUUAACUUUGUCCUUUUAACGUUAUUCUUGUUCUCCACUAUUUAUGGCUCAUUCCUUCUAUUUUAAUCCUGCUGGUGAAACAACCAGGAGGGCGUGCUUUCAGCCCGAGUCUCUGCUAA